AUGAGCUCAACGCUCUCGUAUUUAUACUCGCCGCUAUUCCUUCGCCGGCGCUUCUCUGUUUCGCCGCUGAUAUCAGCAGGGACUUUCCGCAUUUACGCAUACCGCACGCCGAUCACCGGAUGUCGAGAAGAAGGACCAUCUAUCCAUCCAUCCAUCCAGAUAUCUACCAUGCCAGACGAAGACGCGGACUACAAACGGCAAGUGGAAGAAGCCAACCAGACGCUCGUCGACGGUCUCGAGGCGCAGGUCAAGGUCGCGGAGAAAGGAGACGACGUGGAGGAGAACUCGUGGGAGCCGUUCUUGAACCAAUUGAAGGGACUAGUCGCGGAUGGAGAACUUCUCGACGGGACCCGCUCGGAAGUCGAGGGAUUUCGGGAUAGUCUGCUGGGACGCACCAAUGUUUUGCUUCAGUCUAGGGGUAGGGAGCUUGGGGACGCUUUAAAUACGCCUGUUAGGGACGAUUAA